AUGGCCGAGUGCAAAACGUUUCAUCUCUUUCCCAAGCUGCCAGCCGAGCUACGGCUGGAGAUAUGGCGCCUAUGCUUACCACAACGUGUCUGCGAGAAAGACCAAGCCUUCCCUGGGAUUGUAUUUGAUCUACCAGAUGAUGAGAUCCCGGUGCCAUGCCUCCUCUACCAAACAACUGAAGUGAACGGGCGGCCGCCUGCUAUUUCUCGUAUCUGUCGCGAGUCACGCGAAAUCGCUUUAAAAACUGGACUUUUUUAUCAGUUCUUUCGCAGUACCAAUUCCUUGCUUAAACCCAGGCCUUCAGAGGCCGAGUGGUGGAGCUAUACUGCUAUUCACUCGGCAUGGUUUGACAGUACGCGAGACUCUAUGCAUCUCAACUGGGAACCAACUUACAGAGGAGAGUUUGACGAUCGCGGGUCAGCGCUUCAAAGCCUUGCAUGGGACGCGUCGCAGGCAGGCGGACGCGGUUCCAUAAACAUCGGUUACUUUCAAAGCAAUUAUAUUCUAAUAAAGGAUCUGAGAGAUGCUCUCAAAAAACUGCCUACUUGGACGGUUGUCAUGCGUGUGGUUGUUAUACACACCAACUUUAGUACUGGAGCUAGCACAGGUUUAUUUGGACUUUUGGACGAUUCACGCGUACAGCUCAUCGAUAUUUUUGACGAAGCGAGAAUGAAUGCUCUAUUCGACCUGGCCGAGCAAUGCGAGCCUUAUGGCCUGGUCACUGCCCGGCAGCAGAUUUCCAGAGACUCGCCACAGUCGAUUCAGCAGAAAUUAAGAGAUGCUGUCAGGCACAAGCUUCGGUCUGAAGAGACUGAAAAGUUACUCCCGAGACUGCGUCCGGUUAUCAUGUUCCGACUAUGCACCGAAAUGUGCAAUCGUGUGGGAUCUACUGCUUCGAUCAGGGGUGUAAGAUGGGCUAGGAAAGCGCGGAAGGGAUUGUAA